AUGUUGACAUAUGGUAAAGCUAUGGCUAUACUCGCCUUCACCGGCGCAGUUAUUGCUAAGCCUCUACCAGAAUCUGGCGCCACAUUCUCUCUAGAGUCGAAUGUAGUUGUUAGAGCUCCCAAGCAUCAACUAGAGCAUAUUGUCAACAUAAAGCGUAGGCUCGGAGUUGAAGUGCAUCCGGAGCUUGCAGAGGCCGCCAACAAAGCCGCGGCCAAGAGGAAUGCUGAUUUGGCCGCUCGAAAGGUCACCGGCACCGCAUCCGGUAGAAGCCCCAACCCAUAUGACACCGAAUUUGUCUAUCCAAUCCGAAUUGGUGGCACCACUUUCAAGGUUAUAAUGGACACUGCUUCCUCCGACACAUGGGUCUAUUCCUCUGCUCAACCCGCAAACCAAACUGUCGGCCACCACAUCUACCAAAUCAACCCCGCCCACAAGAAACCCGGUGUCAACUUCACCAUUGGGUAUGACGGUGCUUCUUCACAGGUAGAAGGGGAUGCAUAUGUUGAGCCAAUCACUAUUGGCGGUAUCACCGCCAAGAGCACCUUCGGAGCCGCCUCCACAGCUAUUGCCGAUUGGACGUCAGAUUUGAGCCAGGAUGGCGUAGUCGGCCUCGGAAUCCCAAACUUCAACCAGAUCGGCGGUUUCGGAAAAGAGAAAACUUGGUUUGUCGACGCUAUACCCAUGCUUGACAAGCCACUCUUUGCUGUUGCUCACACUAAAGGUCAUGGUGUUUACGAUUUUGGCUUCAUCAACCAAAAGAAGAUAUCUGGCCCUAUUACCUGGGUCUGGAACAGAGUGGAAAGAUACUGGGACGCAUACGGCUUUCUGGGUGAUGGAUUCGGUAUCGGUGAUCCCAGCGCUCAGAUUACGAAAAGGAAGAUGAAAAUCCAUCUCGAGGCUGGAACUGACAUCAGCUUUACGGACCCUGAUAUUGUUAAGGCAUGGUACUCGCUCAUCCCUGGAGCGGUGACAGUUGUAGAGCAAGGUUAUACUAUCCCCUGCAACAGUAAACCACCAGGCUGGACAGUCACCAUUCGGGGAAGGAAAUUCUUUACUCCUGGUUGUGCACUCAUCUCCCAACCUGUUGAUGAUGAGGGCAAGAAUUGCUUAGGUGGUCUGCAGAACAUUGGCGGUGGCGUUGACUUCAGCCUCUUCGGUAUCAACUUCCAUAAGGGCAAAUACAUCAUUCAGGACUACACGGACCCCAACCACAUCAAACUCGGAUUCGCUAUGCAGCCUGGUUCCAAUGCAUGCUAG